CUCCACCUGUAUUGUACAGUACUAAAACCCUUUUCGAAAACGUAAUAAUCGCAGACACAGGGCUCAUAUUUGGCGUUUUGCACAAGUUAAAAAAAAUCCAGAAGUCGAGACUUUGCAAGCAGAAGAUAAUGGCUCUUCUCCCGUCUUGCUUUAGUACACUGAGUCCACCAUAUUCAUCAACUAUGACCGUUUUGUUCAUGGCGGCACCCGUUUUCAUGAAACCCAUUGCUCUGCAAUUGAGGUCUUGCCCUAGAUUUUGUGCUAUCGCCAGCAAAAGAGAUGCUUUGAUUGUUAAGGCUUCAACUGAAACGGAGUGUUUUGGAGAUGUUGAGCCGCAGUCUGAAAGUGAUAAUGAAGAGGAUUUGUUGUUGAACGAAAUGCCAGUGGAGUCAAAGCUUCAGCUAAAGCUAGAACAGAAGAUGAGGAUAAAAAUUUCAAAGAAAAUACGCCUUCGCAGAAAGAAACUUCUCCAUAAACGGAGGAUGAGGAAGAGGGGUCGAUGGCCGCCCUCUAAGAUUAACAAAUUGAAGAAUGUGUGAGACUUGAUCAUUUUAAGCUGCAGAAUCAAUGUUUUGGUCUUGAAAGUAUCUCAAAAAGUAGCACUAACCCAAAGUCUCUGAAUUUGAAAAUUUCCCCAAAGUUAAAAUAAUUAACACAUCUUCCAAACAUUUUGAAUUGUGUUCUUCAGAUUUUAAGGGGGUGUUUUGGAACCCUUUGAGGUUGUAUUGUUGUUUUCAAACUCCAAA